CCAGAGAUCCCACGACCACAUCCUCUUUUCGACGCCGACAAACCCAGUCGCUCCGCCUAAACGUUGUCUCCACGCCGGUGACAGCCUCCAACCCUCGCGUCGCUUUCUUCUCCCUCCUCUCCUUCGCCCCCUCUCCCCUUCUCUUCGCGACCUUCCAUCAGUCGGAAGCGUAGCCUUGACCUUGCGCGCUUCUCUUCGCGCCUCUGUCACGAGCUUUCUCACCCUGCACUGCCUGCCGUGCCCGUCUGAGCCUCGCGAACUCAACGACGGCUUCUUCGCCAAGUCCACGACCACCGCCCAGAUCUCCAUGCUCGCCAUAGUCUUGUGCAUAUAGGCCGUUUCAUCCGUACGCGCUGUGCACCGACCGUGCUCCUCGCCGGCACGUUAGUCAACCACGGCCGAAAGUCCCCCUCUCUCUUCUAACUCUGCCUCUUGCACUGCACCAACACGCCUCGACGACCGAGAGGCACUACGUGAGCCCCAGAUCUGAGCUCUCUCGUAGACGACAGACAUCAUGUCGUCCUCAGGCGGACAGCUGUACACGCCUGGCCAGUUCAUGAAUCCAGGCCCCGCGCCACGUCCUCCAACCGACCGACCACGACUGAAUCUCACACCCCAGGUGUCCUCCUUGCCUGCCAGCGUCUCCUCUUUGAGCCUCCAAACGCCUACCUCCGCCAGUGCUUCACAGACAAGCCUGCUCCUUCCGCGAAGCCAAACAGAGCGAUUGGGCGGGGGAUCCUUCGCGGUUCUCAAGCAAGGAUGGGCAAAGGUCAAGGAAGAAGGCGGCAUUCUGCGUGGCCUUGUGUGGAACGAUCGCUUCCUAAUACUGCGCGAAUACACGCUGGAUUUCAUGAAGAACAAUGAGAGCGGCAAGGUCACCAGCACCAUUUACCUGAAGGAUGUCACCAACAUCACCCGUUCGGAGGUUCAUCCAUACUCGUUCGAGAUCACACGUACUGCGAACCCGAGCAACGGACAGUCCCCUCCACGAGACGGCCCAACCAAGGUCACCAUCUGCAAGGUCACCACCGACGACGAGGUCUACUCGUGGAUUGAUUCCAUCUACACUCGAUGCCCAAGCAUGGGUGGUGUGAGCAAUCCCACCAACUUCACGCACCGCGUUCACGUCGGCUUUGAUCCCGUCAGUGGUGCCUUCGUAGGUUUGCCGCCAGAAUGGGAGCGCCUGUUGGCUUCGUCCGCCAUCUCGAAAGACGACUACCAGCGCAAUCCAGAAGCCGUCGUCGAAGUUCUGAACUUCUACACCGAGAAGCUUAUGAAACGAGCAGAAGAUCCCCAGCAGUAUCCCAGCCUCACGCCUACACCGCCCGUGGAAUCUCAGAUGAACAAGCAGUUAGGCUAUAGUGGCGUGGGCAGCUCAAUCGCGCCACCCCGUCCUCAGCCACCCAACAACUUCCAGCGGUCAGAUUCCUUCCCUCAGCAACGAAGCAACAACUAUUCUCCCGCCAAUGAAAAAUCCAGACGUGACGAGGAAGAGCAGCGAGCUGCGGACGAACAGCGACGGCGCAUGGAAGACGAGAAAAGGCGGCGACAAGAGCAAGAGAGAAGGGAGGCCGAGCGUCGUGAGCGCGAAGAGCAGGCUGCAUACAACGCUUCUUUGCCCAAGUCUCGGCCGCCUUUGGCGCAGCAGGAGAUUGGCGGCUAUGGGGGAGACGAGAGAAAGCCAUCAGUGUCGCAGCCAGAUCGCUACAAUCCAUCUCGUCCAGCCCCGAGCACACCUACCAGCGCUUCCCGAGAUCCCCGCCAACAGGGCCCCUCGAUGCGCCAGCCGCAGCAACCACUCCAAGCGUCGCGCCCGGCGCCGCCCAAGCCGAACGGUACUUCGUCCUAUUCUUCACAGUCUAAACAACAGGCUGCCUCCAAUGCUCGCGCUCAACCAAGUGCCUCAUCGCAGACCCGAAUCCCUGCAGCCGCAGCCCCGAAACCACUCAAUGUGCCCACAAAGAACCAAGAAGUUAAGAAAGCAGAGGCUGCGCUUACUCGCAAGGAAGAGGGAGGCGGUCGCAAGGAGGUACGCAUGUCGAGCAUGAGCGAGGCGGAGGUUAUGGCCAAGUUACGAGAGGUCGUUUCCAAAGAGCGACCGCUCGACUCGUAUAACAAGCAGAAAAAGAUUGGCCAGGGAGCGUCUGGAUCUGUCUACGUUGCUCGUAUCCGCGAAAAUGCUACUUCGCCCAUGGCUCGUAAGAUUCUGCGUGAACAAGGGCCCAAGGCUCAGGUCGCUAUCAAGCAGAUGGACUUGAGAAACCAGCCACGCAAGGAGCUGAUCGUCAACGAGAUCAUCGUUAUGAAGGAGAGCAGACACGAGAAUAUUGUUAACUUCCUAGACGCAUUCUUGCAGGAGGAAUCAUCUGAGCUCUGGGUCGUGAUGGAAUUCAUGGAGGGUGGUGCUCUGACAGACAUCAUUGACAACAAUCCCAACAUCACAGAGGACCAAAUCGCGACUGUCUGCCUUGAGACUUGCAAGGGUCUCUCGCAUCUGCAUGCCCAGAACAUCAUUCACCGCGAUAUCAAGAGCGAUAAUGUUCUGCUCGAUGCUCGAGGAAACGUUAAGAUCACUGACUUCGGUUUUUGCGCAAAGCUUACUGAACAGCGUAAUAAGCGUGCGACCAUGGUCGGUACGCCGUAUUGGAUGGCUCCCGAAGUCGUUAAGCAAAAGGAGUAUGGCAGUAAGGUCGAUAUCUGGUCCCUCGGUAUCAUGGCGAUUGAGAUGAUUGAAUCCGAACCUCCAUAUCUCAACGAGGAGCCACUCAAGGCGCUCUAUCUUAUCGCUACCCACGGUACGCCUCGUUUGAAGAAGCCGGAGAAGCUGUCUAGGGAGCUCAAGGCUUUCUUAAGCGUCUGUUUAUGCGUAGACGUGAAGUCGCGAGCUACGGCCGACGAGCUCAUCUCUCACGACUUCUUAAAGAAUGGCUGUUCUCGUGAGAGUCUCGCGCGCUUGCUUGCUUUCCGCAACAAGGGUGGUCACUAAAAGAUGGUGGGACGCGACAGACCGUCCUCAUCAAAUCAACGUGCUUGUCAUGCUCGGCAACGACGAAUCUUCGGACAUUCCACAAAACAGCGCAACAACCCAGUGUAUGAACCCACGUUGCGUGUGCUUCCGCAGCUACUACAGCAUAUCAUGAGACACGGGCCCGGGAGGACAUGGACUACAUAAUGUCUGAUCUUUCUGCGCUUGAAACACAUUUGGAGGGCAAGAUAGACCACUACGAUUCUCUUCUUCGUUCAACUGCCACAUACCCCCUUUGUAUUUUUCUCCCCCACCCCCCCAAAAAAAAAUAUCAGUGGGCAGGCACAUAUCACAUUUGUUGGACUACUUCCAUAUGCCGUUGCGUAUUUGAGAUGGAGGUGUAGCGAAAUGGACAAUCGUUGAUACUUCAGGCGUUCGAGCGGGUUAGGUGACAGGCUGAUGAUAGAAGCCAUUGAGCGUGCAAUGUGUGUGUGUGUGUGUGUGGUCUAGUUACCAAAUGGGACUUCAAAAUGACUUGAUACGAAUCAUAAAAAAAACGACCUUUGAAAAA